GUGUGACUGGUGUGAAUAAACAAAGACAAUGGCAUUUAAGACCCCACCAGGCCACGGGUUAAAAAGCUUCUUUUAAUUGUUUCAUAUUUGUCUGAAAAUCGUUAAACAGCUGACUGAUAAUAUUUAAAUUCAGUGCCAACAAGUAAAGUCAAUAUAUUUUAUUCAGACGAAUUCGAUUUAAACACGUAUUUCAUGUAAAUUGUUAAUGUUUGCUUUUCCCGGUUUAAUCCAGUCGUCGGAAAAAUGAAUUAAGGGUUUACGUUUUUAAUUCAAUUAUAAAUUAUUAGUUUUCCUACUGAGGUUAAUUUGGAUGACUAGGAAUUCACAAGUUUUAUUUAACGCUUAAAUCGAUGAAAAAAUUACCGAAAUGUCGAACAUAAAAGGUGGUGUUAAAUUUUACGCUUUAACCAUGGAAUAAGGACGUGCAGUUUGGAAUUAAUUAUAUUUUUAACUGGCUUUCAAUCACGGGGUUUUAUUUCGUAUGGCUCAUUUGAAUAUGGGCUUUAAAUACAGCUUUAAAGCUACAAGACUCUUUUCAAGGCUACGAACAAUCAGUGUAUUGUAAUUCAUUGACAAAAUAUUAGUUUUGAAUAUAUUGAAAAUAUAAAGAGAAGAAUAAAUAUAGUAUGUGGAAACUUUGAUAGCGUUCAACGAGCCAUGACUAUGAAAUCGUUAACAAGCAACGGCACAAUACGUUCUUCAGUGCAGAGGCCGAAGGUUUCGUUCAAUGUGGAGUUAAAUGUUGAAGGAGAAGACAUGGCUUCGGUUAAGGAUACUGAUCCGUUACCUAUUGUGGAAUUAAAACCAUUUGUUCAAAAAGUGUGGAGAAGGGAGAAGAGUUUUGCGGGUACUUGGGAAAGGAGUCCAAGCGUCGCAACUGUGAAGUCAGAAAAAUCUGACACAGCCGUGUGCAAAACGAAAGAUAUAGAAACUGUGUCAACGGUAACGUUUGAAUCAGGCCCAGAAGACGCUUCCAUUUCCCCACCUCCUAGGACGUCACAUUCUCUUCCGUCACGGUUAACCGAACGAUUUCUAACAGUCUACGUCAACGCCUUCGAUGACUUUAAAAGUCAGAAGGAACAUUUUCAUCGAUUUGUCGGGGAAUCUAGUUUUAAGACAAAAAAUCGUCUGCAUCCAGUAGUAGAUCCAAAAAACAAAAAGCAAUUGGAACAUUCAGUGAAUAUCAUUCAAGGAUUUAUCACGAGAGAUGAUAGAACGAAGACAACGUUGACCGAAAUUUCCGAGGGUGAUAGUAUAAGCCGUUUCUACAGCUGUAGUCCUAAAGCCAUUGGACCAGAUGAAGUUCGCAAACAACAACAGCUACGAGUGUCAGGCGAGAAACUGGACCAGCUCAGAAGAUCAUCGCCACAAGUGAGUUCUCCAGCGCCUAGUAGGAUUAUAAAUGGAUCAUGGCACGGAGCAAGCAUUCGACAUGGAAGUCCUGCAAGUAUGUUAUAUCACAACAAAAAAGAAAGUAGGGUGAAAAGAACGAAAACACCACUAUAUGAUCAUCUUGAUAGAACAGGCAGCCUACCUUCGUUAUCUAUAAAUUCUACAAGUCUGAAAAGCAGAGGGACCAAAAAACAGUUUGAUAACAAUAGUGAAGAUUAUGUUGAUUAUACAGACACGUAUAAUGCCGAAUUCAAACAUAAUGUUGGUGGCAUUGAAAACUCUCUUAUUGUGUUAAGCAAGCAUGGUGCACCGACGAAGGUCGAAAGACAAAUUUCUUUUGAACUGGAGAAGAAUUUAAGCAGAUUCAGAAAAUUAAAGGAUUAUUCACCAUUUGAAAUAAAUCCAUCCGAACUAGCAAAGUACUACCCACCCCCUACCUUCAAUAUGACUCAGGGUGAAGCGCGUAUUCGUCAGGCUAUGCAAUCCAACACAUCCAAAUAUAAACAGAGAAAGCUUAGGACAAAUCGAAGUGUACAUGGAGCAUCUUUAGGUACUGGUAUUUCCUCAUUUAAUGAGAGGCAUAACAAUAAAUUUACACAUGGUAUCCUAAAAAAUCCAUACAACGAAAUUGACCAUAUUGACUCCUUUGAUAAUUUGUAUGGACCUUACAAUAGAGCAUCAACAACAGAAUAUACUCCGAAUGAAGAACCAAACGUCCCUUUCGACACCCCUCGGUCACGUGUUGAAUCAAGAAUCAGUUCAAAAGUUCAUGAGGCUAGCUCUCUAGAAAGCAAAGAAAAAGUAGGUACAAAAGAAAUUAAGUCAGUCGUGAAAGAAGAUAUUCAGUCAGAAAUGAAACUAGUCUCUGAUACCGAAACAAAAAUGUCUACUGUGAAAGUGUCACCUCAUGAAAAAGCCAAAAACGAGGAGAACAAAAUAGAUACUGAAAAUGAUGUUGAUGUCAAAACAAUUGAACCAAAGCUUAAAAAUGAGAAAAAUGAGACUGUAGAUAUUAAGUCAGUUCAAAUGAAAACCGCACACCCUCAGUCCAAACAAAUUGAUGCAAGUGGCAGGACAUUCUUGACUUCUGACGCUAUGCCACAAAUGGGUAUUGUUACAAGCUGAACAACAUAGGAUUUUAGCUACCUGAAGAAACUGGGAUUAGAACUGGUGGUGGAACAACAAGGAAGAUCGAGAGAAAAAACAACAGAAAUUGAGAUUAUAAUAUACUUUACGAAUUGAAAUGUUAAUAAGCAUAAAAUGUGCGCUUGUGAAAUGUUCGAACCAGUAGGAAUAUGAAGAAAAACAAAGAAUUAAUAGUAAAACCGGUCAACAGUUGUGGAUUAAGAAAAUUUGAUGGAAACAUUUGGACCUCAUUUUCCUCAACAAAGUUAAGAUAAAACUAGCUGAAAACAACAAAAGACCACUCUUAGUUGCCACGUUACACACAUGAUAAAUCUCAUUGAGUGUGUGACUGAAAGAGUUUUCAUUUUUAAACUAUUGAGUCGUACUCCAGAUUUUUUCAGGACUGGUGAAAAUAAGCAGAAAUAAACUACCGAAAACUGAUGUUUUAGAAAACGUGUGGUGAAAGAGCAAAUCAAUUGUUUAUGUAUAUGACUCGACAACUCAAUAAAGAAUUAUUAAGUUUAGUAAAUAUCUUUACAUAAGAGCAAAACAAACAAUGAAAUACGGUCUGUAUUAUAUUAUAUUGGAAUUUUGUGUUCAAUAUGUCGCACUAUGUUCGACCGACCUCAAACGGAUGUCGUGUUCAAUAAUUUCAGAGGAAAUAUGAACAUAAAAGUCAACAUGCAUAUUUACAAACAUCAUACAGCGUGCGCGUUAUUUAAUUACUUAUUGUACUUCUUUCAUUGUUUCACAAUAUGUAUGUUCAACGAUACAUAAUGUAUACUAGUAUAUCGUUUGAAGUGAAAUUGUCUAUUUUGUCUUUAAUUAUUCAAAUAUAUGUUUAAGUUGUUGCUAUGUUUUACCACAAAUUCUUUUCUAAUGUUUUAUUUUGCAAAAAAAAAAAUAAUAAUAAAAAUAAAAAUAAAAAAUAUAUUUCAAAAGGUUUUUAAAGAUAAGCAGCGUACUCUGAACAAUAGAUAUUGAUCGGCCCAAUGUGAUAAAUAGAGAUAUACUAUUAAUCUUUCAUGUUCUUAAAAUACAAGAAAAUCAAAUAUUUUAUAACUAUUAAAGAAGAUUUAAAACUCGAACGCGAUCCUAUCUUAUGAUAAGAGAUCGCAUUCCUAUCAGUUCAUGACAUUAAUUUUAAUUUUCAAUGUCCUUAAAUAGUCCUUGUAUAUUUAUUCAUCGAAUUGUGUAUCGGGUAUUUAUUACUUGAAAUAAACACCGUUGCUAAAGCCAG